CCGUCAUCGGGAUUGGGGCGGAAAACACUUUUGACAGUUUCUCAGGAAGCUAACUACUAGCCACCGAAAAGACAGCUUCCUGCAAAUAGUUUUGUGUAGUUUGGCCUCUUCUUUUGCCAUUUUCGCAGAUUUCGAUCCGAUUAUGACAUCCCUAGACGAAAGUAGUAAGGAAAAGYUGCGCUCCGUGUCUGUGGACUUAAACAACGAUGCCUCUCUUCUUAUUGACAUUCCUGAUGCACUCUGUGAAAGGGACAAGGUCAAGUUCACAGUCCAUACGAAGACUACUCUUAGCUCCUUCCAGAAGCCGGAGUUCUCUGUUCCCAGGCAGCAUGAAGACUUCAUCUGGCUCCACGACACGCUGGUUGAGACUGAGGACUACGCUGGUUUAAUAAUCCCCCCAGCACCCCCAAAGCCUGAUUUUGAGAGCCCGAGAGAGAAGAUGCACAAACUGGGUGAAGGUGAAGCCACUAUGACGAAGGAGGAGUACACCAAAAUGAAGCAGGAGCUGGAGGCUGAGUACCUGGCUGUGUUCAAGAAAACUGUCCAAGUACAUGAAGUCUUCUUGCAGAGAUUGUCCUCCCACCCUGUUUUAAGCAAAGACAGAAACUUCCAGAUUUUCUUAGAGUAUGACCAGGAUCUCAGUGUGAGGAGAAAGAACGCAAAGGAAAUGUUCGGGGGGUUCUUUAAAAACAUGGUGAAGUCAGCUGAUGAGGUCCUCAUCUCAGGAGUAAAGGAAGUGGAUGACUUUUUUGAGCAAGAGAAGACAUUUUUGCUCGACUACUACAGCAAGAUAAAAGAUUCCACUGCCAAAGCAGAGAAGAUGACACGUUCACACAAAAAUAUCGCAGACGAUUACAUUCACAUUUCUGCCACUUUAAACAGCAUUUGUGCUGAAGACAGUACACCAAAUAAGAAAAACCUGGAGAAGCUGUCAGACCUGUUUGAGAGACUCAGAAAAGUGGAGGGAAGAGUUGCGUCUGACCAGGAGCUGAAACUCACAGAGCUGCUAAGAUAUUACAUGAGGGACAUUCAGGCUGCUAAGGACCUUCUGUACCGGCGAGCCCGGGCGUUAGCGGACUACGAGAACUCCAACAAGGCCUUGGACAAGGCUCGACUAAAGAGCAAAGACAUCCCCCAGGCAGAGGAAGUGCAGCGGCAGUGCCUGCAGAAAUUCGACAGGCUCUCAGAAUCUGGAAAGAAAGAACUCACCAGCUUCAAGGGCAGACGAGUCAUGGCCUUCAGGAAGAACCUCAUAGAAAUGGCUGAGCUGGAGAUAAAACACGCCAAGAACAACGUGGCUUUAUUGCAAGGAUGCAUCGACCUGCUGAAGAGCAACUGACCUGUUUCCACACGUCUGAUCAUCACUAAGUGACCGAAUGUGACAAACAGAAACCCGGCCCUCCCAGGACCCAGGAUCUGCAGACACCAUGCACCGUGUCCGCUCCCACCCGGGACUCUUUUUCUUUUUUCCCAAACCCUACAAGAUACUUUCUUUUGUAAGCACAAUGUCUUUAUGUUUACAGAGUCUUUGUUCUUCACCUCGGGGUCCAUCCUUCAUUACCAUGGAGCUCCAGCUCAGUGCUGAAUGUCCCCAGAGAUGGAGGUCGUGAACUUUACGGUUUUUCAUGAUGAUGCAGCACCUGUAGAUGUGAUGUUUUCCGGUUUACAUUUUUACACACUUUGUGCUUUUCCUUGCCUUUUCUUUGAUCACGUCUCUGACUCCGCUCAGACUCUUAACUUCCCUCUAGAUAACUUUGUACAAGUUUUGUUUUGUCUUUCCUCAUUGUGCUUAAUGUGUGUGUUUGUUUUUUGUGAACUAAUGGAGCUUGUAUGUGAGAGAAAUGAGUGCCUGGAAAAAAAAAGAUUCCUGUGCUCUGCAUCCUGGAUUUUGAGAGUUUUGUAGAUCCAUACCGGGUCUGUCGUAAACCGACUCAUGACUGAUCGUUGUUGCUUGCUCAGAAAUAUUUGCACACCUUAAUAAAUUUGUUUCCUUAUUCUUGUUUUGUUAAAGAUCCCAUCGUUGUCGAGGAUGAGUAAAAGAAAAUUAUUUGUAGCCAGAACAAGUUUGGAUUCAGUCCAAGAAUUUAAUUCACGUUUAUUUCUUUACUUUUGAUUCGACAGCUUAUUUUGUCUUUUUAUUUAGUGACUGAUCUAUUUACCACAUCUCUAAAGAGUUUAUUUUGUUUAAAAAAAUGCACUAAAGUACAUUAAAAGACUCUACAGUCAUGACCAAUCUCAGUGGAGUGUUAUUAUGCAUUAAAGUUUUUUUUUUCUUAAACUGAAUGUAUUUCUUAAAUAUCACAAUUGUUCCAAUUCUUUUUUUUUCAUGUUUUUCCUACAGAACAUUAGCAUUUUGUAAAUUUGUAAUAACGUUGAGAAAUAAACUCUACAUUCCGGAGUUGAA